UUCUAUUCAGACUAAUAAUAGGAUGGAAUUAUACUUAUUUUAAAAAUUCAAAAUUUAUAGCGAGAGAAAUGGAAAAUUGGGUACGAACAACUAUCAAAUAUGCGCGAUAGUUUUAGAGUCCCUCUUGGGGGAACUUGGUAAGAGAUCACUUUCUAUCCCCUCUCUCGCUCGCACCGACAUGUACACGGUACAUUACGAUGUCUGAAUCAGGUUGUUAAAAUGUAAGCAGAUCUUCUGUUCCGGUUUUGGAAUACGAAUAUUAAGUUACGCUCGCUUCUCGUGAGUUGAUCUUAGACUGGUGCGAUUUUGGUGGAGAAGUUCAGAGUUGAAUUUCGGGGCUAUUUUUUUUUGAAUUUUGAAUUUUGAAGUGCGUGUGUGACCAUGGAUGGUAAUAAGGAUGAAGCUAUAAGAUGCGUUCGGAUUGCAGAAGAAGCAAUUGCAUCGGGAAAGAAGGAGCGAGCAUUGAAAUUCAUUGGAAUCGCGCAACGUCUUAAUCAUAACUUGUCUGUUGGUGAUCUUUUGGCUGCAUGUGAAAAGCUGGAUUCGGUUUCAUCUGCUUCGUCUGUUGGCCAAAAAUGUGUUGAGCUGGAGAAGAAUGAACCUGCCCAGACGAAAUUGGAUGAAGUCUCGAAUGGGGAGCGGAACUACAGUGAAGAACAUGUUCAAUUGAUUAAACAGAUAAAGGUAAAUAAGGACUAUUAUGCGAUUCUUGGCGUGGAAAAGACAUGUUCAGUGGAGGAGAUACGGAAGGCUUAUAGGAAACUUUCUUUGAAAGUUCAUCCAGAUAAAAAUAAGGCCCCAGGAUCAGAGGAGGCAUUCAAGAAAGUGUGCAAGGCUUUCCAAUGCUUGAGUGAUGAUGCUUCGAGGAGGCAGUAUGAUCAGACUGGUCUUGUUGAUGAAUUUGAGUACAACCAACAGCACAAUGUGAGGUGCAGGAGGACAAGAACAUCGCGUGAUCUGUUUGAUGAUGAUUUCGAUCCUGAUGAGAUAUUUAGAUCGUUCUUUGGUCAGACAGAAAUGUUUCGUGCAGCUCAUGUUUACAGGGCUAGAAGUGGUCAGCCAAGGGAAAAUUAUCAUGGAGGAGGAUCUAAUUUUAUGAUUCUUGUCCAAAUGAUACCAUUCUUUUUAAUCUUUUUGCUUGCUUAUUUGCCGUUCUCAGAACCUGAUUAUUCUUUGCAUAAGAACUAUAACUAUCAGAUCCCCAAGAAGACUGAGAAACAUGAAGUAGAUUUUUUUGUUAAAUCUACAGAAUUUGAUCAGAACUAUCCACCUGGAAGUGCUGCUCGAGCUAACAUUGAGGACAAUGUAUUUAAGGAUUAUAAAGGUAUGCUUGGGCGCUAUUGUCAUGUAGAACUUCAGAGGCGUCAGUGGAAUAGGAACUUGCCAGUUCCUCACUGUGAUAAGCUACGAAGCCUUGGAGUAUUAUAAAGGUUUGCCAAGGCUGUCCGGUUGGUUGUAAAUUUCUGUUGGAGAUUCAAUAUGACUGGAAAUAGCUGGAACAUUGCAUUCAUCUUUUCCUUUGAAGAUAUAGAGAAUGUGUCAUCAAUUCUUCAAGCAAAUUGUGGGACAUUCAAGAAGCUUUAAUACUGCUUGAAGAUUAUGAUAGAUGCUAGCGUGGAUAUACUGGGCUUAGGGCCAGACACAGUGUCUUGGAAUCUUGAGAUGAAGUGAAAGAGGUUAAUUGCUUCCAUGUUUAUGUAGACUCGGAACCUAAUAUGAAUGAACGGAGAUUAGUUGAUUUUAAGAUGUAUGCAUCCCUGUUAUUAUUUUGUGAAGCUAUGUUAGCUCACAGGUGCUGUGAACUACUUGUUGACAUUACCGUUUAAAGAAAUAUUUGUUGACAUUACCGUUUAAAGAAAUAUAUGUCAUUUAAUGUAGUGAAAA